AUGACACCCUCACAUCAACCCCCAGAAUCUCGACGAAGUCAUAGUCAGGACGAACGCAGUCUCAGGGAGUCGUCGGGUAGAGAUACCCUCCGGCAUAGUUUUACUCCGUCUGUCGAGAGCGAGCACGACGAGUCCCUCGAAGUCGAAGUGGACAUCGAACACACCGCCGUUGCCGACGAUCCCCGUAAAUGGUCGUCGAUGCGUAAGUCCAUGAUUCUUCUAAUUGUCUCUGGCGCUUCGAUGCUUGCUGGGUUUGGAUCCAACAUAUAUAACCCUGCUAUCCCGGAGAUAGAGUCAGACCUGCAUGCGUCAAGCUCGGAUAUCAGUCUCAGUCUCGCUGUUUUUAUCCUCAUCCAAGGGGGUAUUCCGAUCGCAUGGAGUGCUUUGAGCGAGAUCAAGGGAAGAAAGAUCGUGUACAUACUCUCCAUCGGGAUCGGUCUGAUAGGAUGCAUCGUGGCCUCGCUGGCCAAAACUACCGGCGUUCUUCUGGGCAUGCGAGUCCUCCAGGCAGUCGGGUCGUCUUCGGUGUUGUCCAUAGGAGCAGCCACGCUCGCCGACAUCUACGAACCCCACGAACGCGGCACCAUGAUGGGCAUCUACAUCUCCGCUCCUCUUCUCGGUCCGGCUCUGGGGCCUAUUAUCGGAGGACUGUUGACUCAGUAUUUCUCCUGGAGGGCCACGUUUUGGUUCUUGGCUGUGCUCAUGGCUGUGUGUUUGGUUGCGUUUUUGGGCGCGUUUAAGGAUACGUUUAGGAGAGAGAGGAGUGUGGCGUAUCAGACGGCGUUGCGGAGGGUUGUGAAAGGGAGGGAAGAGAAGAGAUGUAGCGAGAGCGAUAACUCCGAGAAGACUGGUGCAUCGAUUGCUUCAGCUGGCGAGCAUGAAAAACCGAGCGCCGAGGUAGUUUUGAAGGAGGUCCAUCUCUCUUUUAAAGAUGUGAAUCCUGUACCCCCUCUUCUGGCUGUCUUGUCGAGAUGGAACAACAUAGUGAUUCUGAUCGCUUCUGCUUUCGACUUUGGCUUCGCAUACUCAAUCGUGUACACCUGCGCUCUUACACUUUCUGACAAGUACGGAUACAAUGCGCUGCAGACUGGUCUCGUUCUCAUUCCUUUCGGAGUCGGGAAUGUCCUCGGUAGUGUUCUCGGUGGUCGAUGGUCAGACCGCAUCCUGAAACAUGCAAAAGCCCGUCUUGAGCCCGGAUGUCGGCCUCCUCCCGAGGUUCGCCUGCGAAGUGGUAUACCCGCAAUGUUCUUCUUCCCAUUAUCUGUUGCAGCCUAUGGUUGGCUCGCGCAGGAACGGAUCCAUAUCGCCACAAUAUGUGUCUCAUUGUUCUUCGUCGGUUUUUUUUCGAUAUGGAUAUACUCAAGCACCGUCGCCUACAUCGUAGACUCCAACGUCGGUCGCUCGUCCACGGCUGUGGCGACGAACAGCCUUGCUCGUAGCUUGGUCGCUUUCCUUUUCGCCGAGGUCGCAGUGCCGUUGCAGGACUCUAUCGGAGACGGGGGCCUCUACUCGUUAUGGACUGGGAUUCUCAUCAUUUGUGAACUCCUGCUGCUGUUGGUACUCUAUAAGGGAGGGAAGUGGCGUGAAAAGGCUGAGGAGCGGGAGGUGAGGUCGAGGAGGUGA